AUGAGCAUUGAAGGUCAACCAAAGAGCCGGCCAUACAGUAUAACUCAGGACAGGAAAGUAAUAAUUUCCUUUCCCAAUCCCAGUUUUAAUGGUGAUCAUGUUAUAGUUAAAACUGAUUCAAGAAAUGGACAAGUUCCUGUGAACAAAGUUGGUUUAUUCUCCUAUAUCACGUUAUCAUGGAUGUCCUCCAUGAUAAUGAAGCUUUACAAACACAGAGACCAGGCUCUGAGGGAAGAAGAUGUAUGGGAGAUAUCAGACUGGGAGUCAUGUGACAUCAAUACACUCAGGUUACAAAAAAUAUGGGAAGAUGAAGUAGCAACACACGGAGAAAAACGAUCCUCGUUCUUAAGAGUUUGGUUCAAGUUCAUCCAGACACGCCUCUAUAUAAAGAUAUUGCUUGUCUUGAUCAGUGCUGUGCUCGCAUUUUUUAUGAGCGGCUUCAUGACAAACCUUAUGGUCAGCUACUUAGAGUCUGAAUCUACAGACUUGUGGUACGGUAUAGCACUUGUUGCAAUAAAUAUUGUCGGACAGAUUCUUAGAGCCGUAUCAUUUGCUGUUAUGAUGUUCUUUGGGGUUCAGACAGGCAUACGAUUCCGAGCUGGUAUGCUAGGUGUUGUAUACAAGAAGAUCCUCAGGCUGAAGAGCAUUAAAGGCAAGGUAGCAUCUGAGAUCAUUACAAUAUUUGGAGCCGACUCCAUGAGGGUGUAUAACACCUGUUCAUCGCUUGUAUAUUUGCUGGCUUUCCCAAUAUACGUCAUCAUUGGAACGGCAUAUGCCUACUACCUGAUUGGUUACUGGUGCUUCAUCGCUCUGGCAACGUUCAUCUUUUUCAAUCAACUACAGGCAAAUCUCUCAACAUUUGUCGCAGCGCUCAGGCGAAAAACGUUAAUCCACACGGACAAAAGAGUAAAUAAGAAAAAUAGCAGCAUGAAGAUGAUCAAGAUGUACGGAUGGGAAGACUCUUUCAAGGCAGCAAUUAUAGCCAUCAGGAAAAGUGAGGUACGUGUUUUGCUAACCGCAGCGAUCCUCAAUUCCAUCACCAGUGCCAUUGUACCAGUCACACCCUCUAUCGCGGCUGUCGCUACCAUAUCAACCUAUCGAGCGUUCGGAAACGAACUCACAGCAUCCACGGCAUUCGGUCUGGUGUCUACAUUGGAUUUUCUUCGAUAUAUCAUGGCGCAGGUGCCAUUAGCUACACGUUCAUUUGGCGAGUCGAGAGUCACAUUUGAACGUAUAAAGAAGUUGAUGUUAAGAGAGGAGUACCAGGUUCCUAGCUCCGAAGUAUUAGACGAUUCUAACGCUAUUGAGUUACAAGAUGCUGUAUUUCAAUGGAACUUGAUGACCGAUUCGGAUAACAAGUCGCAGAAAAGGAAUGAACGUACAACGAAAACGAAGAAAAGUGAAAAUGAAGGUAGGAUCCUCCUGGGCAGUAUAAAUCUUAAUGUGAAAAAGGGACAAGUCGUCGGUAUUUGUGGAUCCGUCGGCUGCGGAAAAUCUUCUCUGAUAUCAGCUAUACUUGGACGAAUGCCACAGAAGACCGGACAUCUUGCAGUUCGUGGAAAUAUAGCAUAUGCUGCUCAGCAGGCAUGGGUCUUCAAUGGUACACUUAGAGAAAACAUUCUGUUUGGCCAACCCUUCGAUCAUAACUGGUACACACAAGUGAUAUACGCCUGUGGUCUUGAACCUGACUUAGAUUUGUUGCCCAACAGGGAUGAAACAGAGAUUGGUGAAAGAGGAAUUAACAUUAGCGGUGGGCAGAAGCAAAGAAUAAGUUUAGCACGUGCAGUCUACAGUAAAAGCGACAUCUAUCUCCUUGAUGACCCUCUAUCGGCAGUGGACGUACACGUUGGCCACCAUUUGUUCCAUAGAUGCAUCAAGAGAUUAUUACAAGGAAAGACUGUUAUUCUGGUCACUCAUCAGUUACAGUACCUGAAGGAUUGUGAUGAAAUGCUGGUCAUGGAAGAAGGUCGAAUCGUUGAGAAUGGAUCACACGAGUCUAUGCUGGAAUAUGGUGGUCAAUAUAACUCAAUGAUAGGCCAUUACCAUGCCACAAGCGCCUCCACAGCAACCACAGGAAAAGACGAAUCGCUGUCCUGCAGAAGUGAGGAUGACCAGCGAGGAAAGAGUGGAGAGAAACUUCAGAAAGACAAAAGUGAUGCCUCCUUGUCUAAAGAGAGCAAAGGGAAACUGACCAUAAAAGAGGACGCCGGAGUCGGUAUGGUAACGUUUGGGACGUACAAGUCGUAUAUUAAUGCUGCCGGUGGGUUCACAGUUGCCACGGCUUUCCUUCUGUUGUACAUUAUUUCCCUGGGAACUGUAGUAUUCACGGACUGGUGGUUAAGCAUUUCACUAGGGGAAACGAAAAAAUCUUCAGAAGCCACACCUACAGCAAAUAUGUCUGUCAAUGUAUCCAUCUCUACAACUAUGACAACCAAUUCUUUAUAUCAAAACAGUACAGAACCUACGAAGUCCCAGACCGGUGGCAUGGACUUUUACCUUAGCAUCUACUUGGCAUCCAUAGGGGCCAUAAUAUUGUUGGCGUCUUUAAAGAGUGUCAUAGGAUCGACGGUGAUGGUAAAAGCUUCCGACAGACUGCACAACCGAGCAUUAGACAAUGUCAUGAAAGCACCAAUGGCGUUCUUCGACGCAAACCCAACAGGGCGUAUUCUCAAUAGGUUCUCACGAGAUAUGGAUGAAGGUGAUGCCUUUUUGCCUCAUUCUCUGGACUUGCUACUUUAUUUCACGUCUAUGGUUUUAAUAUUACUGACUACUGCCGCUGCAAACCUACCUUGGAUUGUGAUUGCUUUCGUUCCUGUUGGUCUGUUUUAUUUCGGAUUUAAAAAGAUUUCUGCUGAAUCAAUAAGACAACUCAAAAGAUUUGAAAACGUCGCUCGCUCACCCCUUAUUAAUCACGUAGCCACUUCAGGAGCUGGUUUGUCCGCCAUUGUCGCCUAUAAUCAACAGCGACAGUUCAUUAUCAAAUGUAUGCAGUAUACGGAUGUGACGUCAACGGCAUUGAUGUUAUUCGAAGGGAGCAUGCGCUGGAUUGAGUUAUGGCUCAAUAUUGUCUCAUCUCUUAUGGUUGUGGCUACCGUUUUAACCAUGGUUCUAACUAAGGGAACAAUCGGCGUGGCUUUAGCUGCCUUGUCUCUAUCACUGAUAAUCAGGGUUGUAUCUUUAAUGCAGCACCUCGUAAAAUACUCUAACGAUGCUGAAGCCAGAUUUACCUCUAUUGAACGAAUCCAAGAGUACGUGUCGCAACUGGACACAGAAGUGGACACUACCUCUGUGGUUCCGGACGAGAGUUGGCCCCGAGAGGGAGGUAUUGCAUUCACUGACGUAUCAAUGCGCUACCGGCAGAACUUGGACCCAGUUUUACGGAACGUACAGUUUGAUAUCAAAGCAAAACAGAAAGUCGGCAUUGUAGGCAGGACAGGAGCCGGUAAGUCUUCUAUGGCCGCAGCGCUGUUCCGAUUGUGUGAUCUUUCAGAGGGGCAUAUCUACAUAGAUGGAGUGGAUAUAGCCCAAAUUCCACGUAAAACUCUUCGAUCCCGUCUGUCCGCCAUACCUCAGGAUCCUGUCCUCUUCAGCGGCACCAUCAGGUAUAAUUUGGAUCCAUUUAAUCUGUACUCAGAGGAGUUAAUUUGGGCAGCCUUGGAACAGGUUCACAUGAAAGAAAAGGUACGACAGUUUUGUGAGCAGCUCGACUUUGAAGUUGAAGAAAACGGAGGGAAUUUCUCUGUAGGCGAAAGACAGCUGUUUUGCUUGGGUAGAGCGAUACUUCGUAAAAAUAAGAUCCUAGUCUUGGACGAAGCAACAGCGUCCAUUGACACUUCCACAGACGCAAUUAUUCAGCAAACGAUCCGCGACAGUUUCUCUGACUGUACCGUCCUGACGAUCGCGCACAGACUCAACACCGUACUACACUGUGACCUCAUCCUAAUCAUGGAAGCUGGAGAGAUAUUAGAAACUGGACACCCACAGAAUUUAAUGGCUAACCCUCACUCAGUUUUCAACAAGAUGAUCAGAGCUCAAACUGUGAAAAUGCCAUCAUCGUGA